ACGACGGACUCCGAUUAAAAAAAAAUAAAAUAGGAGAACGAAGGACGGCAAUCUCAGUGCAGAACGUGGUGAGUGGAAACUCGAGAUCGGCUCGAAGCUAAUCCUUUUCAGCAAUGGCGAUUACGCUCAGCAGUGGAUUCAAGAUGCCGGUCGUCGGACUCGGAGUUUGGCGAGUGGAAGGCAAGGAGAUUAAGGAUCUUAUCUCCAAUGCCGUCAAAAUUGGUUAUCGUCACUUUGAUUGCGCCGCUGAUUACAAGAAUGAAGCUGAAGUUGGGGAUGCACUGAAGGAAGUGAUUCAGGCUGGACUUGUUAAGAGGGAGGAUCUUUUCAUAACUACCAAGCUAUGGAAUUCAGACCACGGGCAUGUAGUCGAGGCUUGCAAAGACAGUCUCAAGAAGUUACGUCUGGAUUAUCUAGACUUGUAUCUAGUUCAUUUCCCCGUUGCCACAAGACAUACUGGAGUUGGCACAACUGACAGUGCAUUGGCUGAUGAUGGUGUCUUGGACAUAGAUACAACAAUAUCGUUGGAAACCACGUGGCAUGCAAUGGAAGAUCUCGUCUCCAUGGGCUUAGUGAAAAGUAUUGGGAUCAGCAACUAUGACAUAUUUCUAACUAGAGACUGCUUAGCCUAUGCGAAGAUCAAGCCUGCUGUGAAUCAGAUAGAAACACAUCCUUACUUCCAACGAGAUUCUCUUGUCAAAUUUUGUCAGAAACACGGUGUUUCUGUCACAGCCCACACUCCUCUUGGCGGCGCUGCUGCCAACACAGAAUGGUUUGGUACUGUAUCGUGUUUGGAUGAUCCUGUUUUCAAAGGCUUAGCCGAAAAGUACAACAAGACCGUGGCGCAGAUUGUUCUCCGCUGGGGCAUCCAGCGGAACACAGUUGUCAUUCCCAAGUCAUCGAAAAUCAAGAGAUUAGAGGAGAACUUUCAAGUAUUCGACUUUGAGCUCAGUCAAGAAGAUAUGGAUCUUAUCAAAAAGCUUGACCGGAACUAUCGAACCAACCAACCUGCCAAGUUCUGGGGUAUAGAUUUGUAUGCUUAAAUUGGCGUCGUGCUUCAAAUCUCCAAUGUGUUUCCGGGUACGUUAAAAUUAGAAGAACACCAUAUUUCGUAGCAUUAUUAAUAAUGCAUCACUUAACUACAGGCGUCGAGCUAAAUUGAAUGUUUCUUCUUUAGGAAUACAUCAGAAUUCAGAACUGUCCUCUCUAUAUUAUCCAAUUAUCGUUACAGUUUUACGUAAAAAUGUAAUAUCACACGUC